UGUUUAUGUUCGUAUAAUUAUUAAUGAAGUGCUUUUCGACAUGAUGAUCGCAUGGGUUUAGCGAACUCAGCGUGGCGAGUGGCAGCAACAAUCGGAGCAUGAGAGCGCGAGUGUGAGCGUGUGUAUGUGUGUGUGUGUGUGUGCACACGAAGAAGCAAGAGCGGGAGAGGCCAACUGCGCUUAGGUGCAAAAAGAAAAGUGAAAAAUUUCUUUUCUUUUCACGCCGAUCAAUUUAACCGCCAAGCUCUGGAAGAAAGCCCCCGGAAAGCGGCGAAGCGAAAGCAAGAGAGAGAAUCGAUCGUGUGUGUGGCUGUGUGUGAAGAAAGGAAACAACAAAAAAGGAGGUGGCAACGAGUCCGAAAAGUAUACACACAGUCGAAGAGAAGCAAAAGAAGAGGAACAAAAACAAAGGCUAAACACAACAAGCGAAAAAGCGUGCCAAAGCGAGCGGCCCGAAACAGCAGAGAGAGAGGGAGACGAACAGCGAAAAAAAGAUCGAUCCCCGGAGUCCCUUGACGAGUGCAAGCGAGAGGGAGAACGAGUGCGAGAAGGUAUGUGCAACGGAGCGGGACGAUGCUCGACGAGAUUGGUGCGGCAGUGAAGUACGAGAGUCCAUCGGUCGUCGGUGAUGUGUGCUAGGCGGCAAUAGUGAACGCAGAACGCAAGCACAAGAAAGGUGUGUGCUGUGCCCGAAGGAUAUCGUCGGCCUAGUAGCGCAGAGCGUCAGCAUAACAGUUUUCGUGCGCGAUCGUGAUUGAUGUUCGUCUCGGUCUUUCUUAGGAGACGAUCAGAAGCAUCAGCAGCACUAGUCACAACAACAACGGCUUGAGUUGAGCUAAAGAAAUCUAGGGGGGAGUCCCGCGUGUUUUGUGCUUUGGCAGGAUUGUUGAGUUGAGUUUUAUGGUUGCACUACGCAGGCAGUGAUCGAGGUGUAGGACGUGGGUACACGAGCUCCUUAGGGUCCCCAAGGAUUGGUGUGAGAUUGGCUUUUGCGUAGUGAGUGAUCGUCACCCGGUCAGGACUUGGAAGGUGCCAAUCGUUUGGAGUGUUUCAUUUGAAAUUGUUUCGAAGUCAUGUGCGUUGAGGAAAAUUAUCGUUGGUGUGAUCGUUGCUAAGGAGGCGAAGAGAUUGGUUUUUUUUUCAAGAGUGCAAAGUUCGAAAGUGAUCGUUGACCAACAGAAAAUUCGUUGGAGUGAACAGAGCUUAGCCACGGGGGCAAGUUAUCGGAAGAGCGCGCAUCGAAGCUCGCGGACGAUGGAUCUAGUGACACUGUUUCUGGCCUGCCUAAUGGCAGUUAGUACUAGUGCGGAUGUGGAGAACAAGAGUAAACCCGGUCGAGGACGGGGGUCCAUGUGGUGGGGUAUUGCCAAGGCGGGAGAACCCAACAAUAUUUCGCCGCUGGCGAACGGUAUGAUCUACAUGGAUCCAGCGAUACACGCCACACUGCGAAGGAAACAGCGUCGACUGGCCCGGGAGAAUCCUGGCGUGCUGGCUGCCAUCGCCAAGGGUGCCAACAUGGCGAUCAGCGAGUGCCAGCAUCAGUUCCGCAACCGGCGGUGGAACUGCUCGACGAGAAAUUUCCUGCGUGGGAAAAAUCUUUUCGGCAAAAUUGUGGAACGAGGAUGUCGUGAAACGGCCUUCAUCUAUGCGAUCACCAGUGCUGCGGUGACGCACAGUAUAGCCCGGGCCUGCAGCGAGGGUUCGAUCGAGUCGUGCACCUGCGACUACUCCCACCAGAGCCGGGCCCCGCAGGCGAACACGAUGGGCGCGGUGGCUGGCGUCCGGGACUGGGAGUGGGGUGGCUGCAGUGACAACAUCGGGUUCGGGUUCAAAUUCUCCCGAGACUUUGUGGACACCGGCGAGCGGGGUCGAACGCUGCGCGAGAAGAUGAACCUGCACAACAACGAAGCUGGCCGAGCGCAUGUUCAGUCGGAGAUGCGUCAGGAGUGCAAAUGCCACGGGAUGUCCGGCUCGUGUACGGUGAAAACCUGCUGGAUGCGGCUGCCCAGUUUCCGAGUGGUGGGUGACUUGUUGAAGGAUCGCUUCGAUGGCGCCUCCCGGGUCAUGGUAUCGAACAGCUUGCGGAGCACUGUUAACGAGGCAACGCUGUCCAACCGGGCGAACCCGAACGGCCUGAAGAGUCCUAACCAAGUGGGCUCGAGCUCGAACAGCGUGUCAAGUAACUCCAUCCACGCGAGGAGUCACCAGCAGAAGAAGAUCAACCGAUACAACUUCCAGCUGAAGCCCCACAACCCGGACCACAAGCCACCGGGCUCGAAGGACCUGGUCUAUCUGGAACCAUCGCCCGGGUUCUGCGAGCGCAACACACGUCUCGGGAUCCAGGGAACGCACGGUCGCCAGUGCAACGAUACCUCGAUAGGUGUCGACGGAUGUGACCUGAUGUGCUGCGGCCGGGGUUAUCGGACCCAGGAGGUCAUCGUGGUGGAACGGUGCGCCUGUACGUUCCACUGGUGCUGCGAGGUAAAAUGUAAGCUCUGUCGGACCAAGAAGAUUAUUCACACAUGCCUGUAAGGAUGCGGCGAGGAGACAGGUCGCGUCACGAUCAAACGAGAGUUGUAGAUUCGUUCGCUUAUGUGUGUUUUUUUUUCGGACUCUGUUUCGCUACCACGUUUAUCCUCGUUUUUGCGUUGAUCUCUGAUUCAUAAUCAUAAGCCAGAGGUUGAGCUCCGCUGGAAUGAGGGGCAAAGAAGGAGGGUAAAAAAGCUCGCGCGACAGUCAGAGAGCUCGCUCAGAGUGGUCAUCUUCGGUGAGAACUAAAGUUGAAUCAUUUCGAGACAGCACAACGCGAAGCUGGGCUGGAGAGAAAAACCAGAACAACUUCUUAUCUUAAAUAUUCGACUUUUGUUUUAAGUUAUAAUGGAUGACAUUCGGAGUUUCCUGGCCGGAACGUUUGCUUGUUAUCUUGUGGAAUUUCAUCCUCUCUCUCCCGGGAGAGUAGCUGACAGAAUUUAAGAUAAAAACCGAGCCGAGAUUAAGAUUCAGGGAUCAUCCUUCGGCGGUGGAUCGUGGGAUAGGAGAAGAAAAAAAAUCACUGUACAUACUUUAACCUUUUUAUAAAUAUUAUUUAAUUAACUAAAUUUGACAACCAAAAAAUAUCAUAUAUUUUUGCUUGGAACCUUUUUUCUUCAGUUAUUUUUUGUGUACGCGAGAGAAAAAUAAUUUUUAAGAAAAAGUCACUCCUCCCCCCCGCUUAUAACCCCUUCCUCAUCGCUCGCCCGCUGAGGAAGUGUAUGUGUAACUCAGUACGCGCUUGUAUUAUAUAAGUAUUUAUUUAGCCCCCUCCAAGGCUCCCUCGGAAAGCAACUUAUGUGAGUAAAUUAUGAAAAAAAGAAACGCAACAAGCUGAACUGUUUCAGUUUUGGUUGUUCUUAUUGAUUGCCCUUCUCGCGCAUAAUAAAGGCAAACCUGAAUAGUGACCUAGUUGCGUGUAAGCGAUAACGAAGAAACCCAGUUACUUAAUGUUAGAAGAUACGAAAUUUGUUUUGCUUAGGUAAGAUGUACAGAGAAACUGCGAAUUUUAAUAAGUUAUACAUAUUUUUGUGUAAUUUUAGCGUUGCUUAGCUUUAAGAUGAACAAAAUUGUAACUGACUAAUAAUCAAACGAAAGACUGAUAGGAAUUAAACGAGUUCGCCGAAAGUAAAAAGAUAAAAAUGGAACGAUAGCUUUUCAAAAUUCACAGCUGUUUGUGUAGGAAUUUCAGUGCAGGCACUAUUUUGCAGAAAACAACCGGUUUUGUUGGGUGGAACUCGCGUCUUGCUGGAAUUAUUCUCUGAAAAUGAGAAAAUACCAUCGAAAAAACGCCACGGAAUCUUCUAAAGCGCCUGAUCUUGUUUGUGUCAUGAUUUGAGGGGUUCAAGCCGCGUUUCAACUGAACCUUGUGGCGGAAGGAAUCGACAAUCGCUUUGGCAGAGAAGCCUUACAAUUCUAUCUCAUUCGCACUUGUAACAAAUCCGGACAGGAUCCAAUCAGCUUUCAUCGAACAACAGCCCGAUGAAGUUAUCCUUCCUGCCAGAUCCGAACAACACCUCCGGGGUCUGAAGAAUAACUGCGGAUCGGUUCUUUUCCGUGGCUCACCUUCAAAGCAAUCUCGGCUGUUUCCACUACAAUGUUUUUCGGAAUGAGACAUGGUCGUGAAUCCCCCCUAAAUCGAGAUACAAACCAGAUCAGGACACUUUAAUGGAACCCGUGUACUCUCUCCGCUAGGAUUUUAUCCUUUUCAGAGAUUUCUUUUGGCAGUCGCGUUCCGCGAACAUUCAGUUUCCAACAUUGUGUCAAAUAGUAUCAUAUCAGUAACGAAUUAGAUAGUCUUCUUCACGUUUUGAUUCUCCUUAGCGCGCCCGAAGGAAAAAAUCAAUCGAAUUGUAUAUAUAGGUUAGUGAGUAUUUAAAAGCUGACAGUUUCCUUUCCGCGUUCCAUUGAUCGCAUUUGCAAACUGCGCUACAAUAAUAAUGAACCGCUGAAUCCCCGUGUUUUCUAUAGUGAGGUAAGAUCAGUUCAAGCUUUCAACCCCUUUUCUGUACAUAGCGAACAGCAUUUGUAGCAAGACAGGUGAUAGUUGUUUUAAACAGCCCAAACUUUUUUUUUUGAAAAAACAUAGCAAAUCGAUACUAUCUGUUUGAACAGUAUUUUUUCCCGGUAUGCAGGAAUAUGGUUGUGUGAGAAGGUACUAAAACUAUGCUCCCUUAGCUAUAGAUGAAUGUAGUUUUGUUUUUUCUCGACUCCCUAUGAGCGCAGAUCAUCACAGUAUGUGAGCGAAUACUAUUGUAAAAUGUUCGGGAAAGGCUCUGCGGAAGCCGUUAUUUUUGUCGUUUUGUAGAUGGUAAAAAAAUGGAAAUUCAAAAAUAAACACGUACAAGUUUUCAUGACAAUCGA